AUGCGGAUGUCUGAAGAAGACGUGUUGAGGCGAAGCCGUCUUGCAUUGCUGCUCUUGGCAUGUGACGCUAUGACCGCCACAGAAGUUGGCAGUCCGAUGACUCUUGCAGAGGAGGACAUCGAACUACAGCUACAUGCUGAACGUCGCUAUUUUGAAAGCUGUGUCACUUCGCCAAUAACGCCAUCCGCAGCUCACUACCAAUCUGCUGAACUUGAUUUCAUGACGACUUCUUUAUCUCUCAUGUUGUUUCUUCGAGAAAUUCUCAGAGCCGUCUACGCAGCUCGGCCUGUAACAACCCAAAGCGCAGCUUUGAAUGUCGUCGAAGACAAGCUGAGGCACUACAACACGAUCGUCACACCUCUCCCUCUUGCUCAACAGCAGAUACCGCCUGACGAUAGUUCACCUCAUCCAAUCUUCAGCCUUUUGCUUCGGCUGCGCCUUCUCUUCAACCGGUUGAUUUUCUACCGUGGAAUCGUGUUUGGUCGCAUUCGACAUGAGAAGCGGAUAUAUGACGAAGAAGCCCUUCUUGUUACAGUGGUUGACAUAUGUGAAGUCGUACGUUAUCUUGACUCGCAUCAGUUUCUACCUAUCUGUCCGGGUUGGACAACCACUGCUCUCUUUCAUGCGUCAGCUGUGCUAUUGAACUUUUAUGCUGGCAAAAGCUCUAUUGCGGCGUCUGAUAUAGCAAUCGACUUACCCACUCUUAUCAUUCAAUUGAUUGAGAACCUGGAGAAGAUGGAGGAGACAUGGAAUUUUGCUGCUUGGAUAGGCAGGGCAGUGAGGACUGCUUUGGACUCGGUCAAAAGGAAGGUGGAUCUUCGACAACAAAAGCAAAACCCGCCAACGCGAGAUGGUGAUUCCCUUGGUGCAGAACGUGAUCCUUUAACACCUCUAUCAGCAGAUAUGCCUCUCGACAAUGGUUUUAUGGAUAUUUUCGAUUGGCAUGCAAUCUUUCCCGAUGGAAUACCGUUCCAAUGA